AUGGCCACGCCCCCUGCACGCCAGUGGGGUGUCACGCCUCCUAUAUCAACAGCCUUGCCAACUCCAGCUGAGUUGGCUGCCAACGAUGAGCUCAUCGCGGAGCUGAAAGCGCAGAACAACUUCGAGCCGCCUGCCGAGACAGAACGCCGACAAGCUAUGCUGCAGUUAAUCCAGCGCGUCGCAACUGAGUUCAUCAAGGUUGUGAGUCGCAAGAAGGGCCUGUCGCCGGCUGCUGUCGAGGCGUCCGGCGGAAAGGUCUUUGCAUAUGGAAGUUAUCGCCUCGGCGUGUAUGGGCCUGGCUCCGAUAUCGAUACCCUUGUCGUAGGACCAAAACACGUUACCCUCGACGAUUUCUUCGCCGACUUCCCAGCCAUCCUCGAGCAGUUCUCCCCGCCAGGUACCAUCGAAGAAAUGACAUCGGUCCCCGAUGCCUUCGUGCCGAUUAUCAAGCUAGAGAUGGCAGGUAUCAGCAUUGAUCUUAUUUACGCUCGACUCAUGAUCCCGUCGGUGCCUUUAAAUAUUGAUCUGAAGAACAAUGAUUACCUGCGCGGGUUAGAUGAGCGGGAAGUGCGAUCGCUUAACGGCACGCGUGUUACCGAUAUGAUUCUUGAACUGGUUCCUCAGCCAAAGACAUUCCGCCUUGCCCUGCGGGCUAUCAAGCUCUGGGCGCAGCGCAGGGCAAUUUACUCGAAUAUCGUCGGUUUUCCCGGGGGUGUGGCGUGGGCCAUGUUGGUCGCCCGGGUUUGCCAGCUCUAUCCUCAGGCUACUGGUUCUGUCAUCGUAGGCAAGUUCUUUCGCAUCAUGAACAAAUGGGCGUGGCCUCAGCCUGUGAUGCUCAAGUUGAUUGAGGAAGGACCCCUGCAGAUGAAAGUUUGGAACCCAAAGAUCUACCACGCCGAUUUCGGCCACCUCAUGCCCAUCAUCACCCCCGCUUAUCCUUCGAUGUGUGCAACCCACAACGUUUCGCACUCGACGAAGACUGUGAUUCUUCGAGAACUUCUCAGGGCUGGAGACAUUGUGGACAGGAUUUUCACGGGGCAACAGACGUGGAAGGACCUUUUUGCAGGCCAUACUUUCUUCACCAGUUCUUACAAAUACUACCUCAGUAUCACUGUUUGCAGCAAGGCGAAGGAAAUUGAGUCUGCGUGGUCCGGUUUUGUUGAAUCGAAAAUCCGCCACCUUGUAAUGGCCCUUGAUCGGAAGCCUAUCAUUGCUGUGGCGCACCCCUUCCCCAAGGGGUUCUCUCGAAUCCACACAGUCAAGAAUGAUGAAGAAAUGGAAGCUGUCAAGAAUGGCUCCGUCAAGUACCAAGCGAAGGGAACUAGUACAGAGACGACAGAUGAAACUAACGACACAGCUCACCAAGUGGCCGCUGAGGCUGGCGCUGAAAACGCGACAGCACCUGAGCCAACCGAGAAACCGGUGGAAGGAGAUAGCCACACCGUUUACACGACCACAUACUACAUUGGCAUGCAGCUGAAGCCUCUCGAGCCAGGUGCCGAUCGCUCUCUGGAUAUCUCUCACGAUGCCGCCCUCUUCAAAUCCACAUGCAUGUCAUGGAGCAAUUUCCAACCUGGAGUUCUCGACGUUGGUGUCCAACAUGUCCGGAACUUCGAUCUCCCGGACGAUGUUUUCAAAGAAGGUGAAACCCGGCCAGUGCGACCAAAGAAGAAGUCCACCAAGGGAGCCGAUGCCGCCGGAACAGCACAAAAGAGGCGCCUGAACGAUCUGGACGGUACUCAAGGUCCAGCAAAACGGCAAAUCACCCCGAAUACUUUGUCCGGCUCUGUAGCCCCUGCGUAG